UCUGUUUUCUCAUUGGCUAAAAGCAUAGGAAAUCCUCUUUGAUAAAACAUUAUAUUCACCGCGACAAAAAUCACGAGAGGUUAAUAUAAGAAUUGGAACAGCGUCCGUGUACCUAAAUAUAGAAACGGGGAAUUCUUGUUAGCUAUUUAAGGGAUGUAUAAAUAAAAUGGUUUUUAAUUGGACGACCGAAUAAAUAUCAACCAAUCAGCGCUCUCGACAUAAAAUCGUUUCGAUCUAACAGACGACAGUUACAUGUUUCCGGCAACAAAGUAUGGCUGGAGCAGCAGAAGUAGCUACUGAAAAACGCUUUCCAUCGUUAAAUAAUGAGGAAAUUAAGAAGAUUUUGAUAGAAAAGGAUUCUAAAAAUACUCGCCGAUCAACAGAUUCUAGCGUGAGGACAUUUAAAUCUUAUUUAAGAGAGAAAAAUCUACCUGAAGAUUUCGAGAAUUUGCCAAACAAUGAAUUGGACAGUAUUUUGUUUAGAUUUUAUCCUGAGGCUCGCACGGAGAAAGGUGAACUAUACAAGAAAUCUAGUUUGUUUUCAUUAAGAUAUGGUAUCAACAGACACUUAUCCAAUUUCGAUAGUGGUAAGGACAUUGUCCAUGACACUGAUUUCAAGGACUCCAACAAGGUGUUUUUAGCAACCACAAAAGACCUUAAACGUCAGGGUAAAGGAGGUAUUAAUCAUUACCCCCCGAUUGAACUGUCAGAUUUAAAGAAACUGUAUGAAUAUUUUGAUGUAAAUAACAAUGUUCAACUCCAGGAAAAAGUCUUUGUUGACCUUAUGUUGUAUUUUGGUAGAAGAGGUCGUGAAAACAUUCAUGAACUUAAAAUAACAGAUUUCGCAGCCACAACAGAUGCUGAUGGAAGAGUGUACAUAUAUAUGUCAUCAGAUGAAUUGACAAAAAAUCAUCAACAGGAUGAAAACACUGCUGAUGGCAGAAUGUAUGCAAGUGAUGAUGACUUAUGCCCAGUGAGAUCCUUCAGAUUAUAUACUAGUCAUUUGCGAGGAAAUAAAUGUGAUCGCCUUUUUCAACAUCCUAGCACAAAACUGAACUCCGUUAAAUGGUAUGAUAGUAUACCACUGGGGCAUAAUACUAUUGGUAAUUUAAUGCCAACAAUUUCUGGAAAAGCUGGAUUAUCAGUGCGUUAUACAAACCAUUCAUUAAGAGCCACUUCUGUCCAUGUAUUGGAUAAUAUUGGGAAAUUCGCAAGUCGGCAUAUAAUGACUGUAACAGGACACAAAAGUGAAGCCAGUCUUAAAACCUAUACCGGCUACACAGGUGAUGAAAUAAAGAAAAAUAUGUCUGACACUAUAUCUGACACUUUGCGUAAGCCACCAUCUAAAAAGCUCUGUGUUAGGGAAGAUUUUGGUGACUUUGAACUAAAACCAUUAUCAAAUUCACAAUUUCAAGAUUUGUUGAAUGACCUGGAUAUUGAUAUUGCUUCAAAAGUAGAUGAGAACAACAAUAUUUCCACUACCAUGACUACAGACCAUUACAACAAAGAAAACAUUAACUCAUCUUGUGUUCAAAACCUACAGAGCGUUAAUAUUGACAAUGAAAGUAUCUGCAAUCGAACUGUCAAUUACAUGGACCAACGAUUUCCGGUGCCAGUGUUGAACAAUUGUUCAAAUGUAACAAUCAAUUUCAAUUUAAAGUGAAGUUCUAUGUGAAAAUUUACUAUAUACAUGUACAUGUAUCUAGUUUUUUUAUUCUGUUGUAUUCAAUAUUGUUCAUGUUUUGUACUUUAAACAUUGAAAUGAUACAAUUUUCUUCUAGUUUUUAUUAUGCAGAAUUAAAUAUGCCUAAAAAUCAAACCCAAGCAUAAAAUAAAAACAGUCUAGGCAAAAUACCAUCUUACCAAGGAUAUAUUUCACAAUCUAAAAAUAUGAAAAUGACACUGAGAACUAAAGAGUCAUAUAAUAAAGCAAUUGUUGACUUUUGAUAUCAGUUGAUACAAUGAUUUAUCAUCCCUAGAUGUGAUAUUCACCUCGGCCGUUGGCCUUGGUGAAUAUCACAUCUCUGGGGUUGAUAAAUCAUUGUAUCAACCUCAUCAA